GCGCGUGCUCGCCUGACGCCGAGGGUCGGGGGUGUGCAGAACGCAGAAGUUACAUUGCUUUAAACCUACAUACUUCGAAUUUACUUUUUAUUUUAUUUUUUUAAAAAGAAAAAUUAAAUUCUAUUUCGUGAAUUUACACAUUCAUAUUUUUUGUUUUUAAUCCAAACCAUCAAAUCUACGAAAGAUGAUUGAUCAGGAGACUGGAGCCGGGGCUCUGCUCUUCACCGUCCAGCUCAAAGCUCUUCUGGACCACGAGGCCCGGUCCCAGCCCAAACUCUGCGGCCUGCGGGUCAUCGAGUCCGCUCAGGACAACGGUCUGAGGAUGACGGUCAAGCUGAGAGACUUUCAAGUCCGAGAACUUCUCUCCUUGACGCGGUUCUUCGGCUUCAGUUCGGAGACGUUCUCCCUCGCCGUGAACCUCCUCGAUCGGUUCCUGGCUGUGAUGAAGGUUCAGCCCAAGCAUCUGUCCUGUGUGGGUCUGUGCUGCUUCUACAUCGCUGUGAAGACGUCUGAAGAGGAGAAGAGCGUUCCUCUGGCCAGCGACCUCAUCCGGAUCAGCCAGAACCGCUUCACGGUCCACGACAUGAUGAGGAUGGAGAAAAUCAUUCUGGAGAAGCUCUUCUGGAAGGUCAAGGCUCCGACCGCCCUUCACUUCCUGCGACUCUUUCACUCUCGCCUUCAACAGCAGCUGGACGCAGAAAGUGAGUGGAGUCUGAACCUCGAGAGGCUGGAGGCUCAGUUGAAGGCUUGCCAUUGCUCCUUUACGUUCACUAAGAUCAAGCCGUCGCUGCUGGCUCUGGCUCUUCUGUCUCUGGAGAUUGAAGAUCAGCCUCUUCCUGCUCUCAGAGAGCCUCUGGAUGCUCUUCAGCAGAGUCUGACUGUUAAAGCUGGAGAGCUGGUUUGUGUGCAGGAGCUCGUGGCUAAAUGUCUGUCUGAAUACUGUUCCUCCAAGAUCCUGAAGCCGAACGGACAGAGACUGCGCUGGAUGAUCUCGGGUCGAACCGCCAGACAGCUGAAGCACAGCUACUACAAGAUCGCUCAUCUCCCCACCAUCCCCGAAUACACCUGUUAACACCUCAGUGUCGAGAUACCAAUGCUUUCUAAUCCGUGUUAUGGGCACUUUUCCUUUCCUUUCCUCUCCUCAGUCUCUGUUCUUCUUUUGAAACCUGCUGUGAUUGUAUUUAUUUGACGUCUUGAUGGCUAGUCAAGGGUGAGUUUGAGCUGGUGAGGCUCGCAGGUGUACAGUAUGUUCAUCUGAAUCGGUGCAGACGCGCUGGUUGUUUGAAGCAGUGAAGUAUAAAGCCGUCUAGGUCCUCAGUCCACCGUGUGGAAGAGGAGGGAGAAGGGUUCUGAGAUUCAACACAUUAACAUCAACAGAAGCAAGAGAUCAGGCCCAGAGCCCUUCACUCCCAUCCUAGGCUGUCCGCGGUCCUAAUGCACACUCCCUCCCAAGGUGAUGAAACCUGAUUUAGGUUGCUUUUCUUUUAUUUGAUGGUUGUGGAAGCGCAGGUUUUAAACACGCCUCUAACAGGAAGAAAAAAAUCACAAAGCACUUACUAAAUGAAGCUCACUUGACAUUUGGUCUUGUGUAACCGUGACCAUUUGUUUUAAACGAGUGUUAUAUACAAAAGCAGGUUUUGGUUGUAAUCUGCAGCAUCGAACCUUUCAAUAAAACCGUAUUGGAAUGUAAA